CUUAAGAGAUCGAAGUAGGAGUACAUGGACUGGCCUGGGUUUGACAAUUAAAACAUAUUUUCCCUAUAUUGUACCCGACUAGAGUUUAUACUUGGGCUCUAGUCGGAAUUUUAUUCAUGUUGUAGUCUGUGCGAGUCAUAAGUCCAGUCUGUCAGUAGCAAUAGAAUAGUAUAUUUCCUAGUGAAGGAAGCCCUUUCGGAAAGACACGGACAUGUAUUCCUACUCUAGUAUGAUGCUUCAUAGGCAAGGGAAAGAAGAUACGUAGCUCCAAUGUCGAAUCGGGCGAUUUCUGGUCAAGCUCUUGUGAUGUCACUGAAAAAAGUCGUACUACGGUAGAACACAACAAAUUCAGUUAUGCUAAGUUUAAAAUUUGCGACUUUCGAUACGCUUUUCCUUGGGUGUAAAAAAACCCUAGAAUCUCUCUAGAUAGAAAUUUGCUUUCUUAGGUGGCCCGACGUAUAACCCUACGUUGCUCAACUCACAACAAGAUGGAUGGAGAAUUAGAAUGAGUGAUUUCAACACAAUCUCUCAUUCCACUGAAUUUUCUUAAAUUCCUCAUUUGAAAAAGACAAGAGAUUUUAGUGUCUAGAGAUUUCAAAAACAUGCAUAUGCUGAAUUUUGAAACAGCUUUCACCUAUUUCAAAAUUCUUCAUUUCUUUUUGUUUCUCCUACACCUAUCUCUUAACUUUUUUUUUUUUUUUGUGAAAGAGCUUUUCUCCUUACUAUCCCUCCCAACCAUGAACCAUUCAUCCGUUCUCCUUCCCACCGCCAGUGCCAAACAGCUAUGGCUCCCAAAUUUUCCCAUCUAUUGUCGUCAUCUUUGUCCAACCUAAUUAUUGCCUCUUCUAUUCUCUUCCUCCUCCUCCUCUCCCAAAUCUCCCAUUCGAAUUUUGUCGUCUUCUCUCCUAUCACCCAAACCUCGCGGCUCCAUUAUUCUUUAUUCUUCUGUUGCAAUAGAUUCAUACAUCCGACCAUCAUCUUUGAUUAAGGCACAGUCUCGCUGACCUCCGCUUCAAAGAAUCUCCCCAAUACCAAAGAAACUGAAGGUGACGAGGGCAACGACAAGGUAUGGGGAUAUGACUUUACCAAUAGUGGUGUAAAGGAGUGAAUUUCUUUACUAUCCUUAGAGUGUUUAUUUACCAUCACUACGGUGAUUGGAUUAGAUAAACUACCCUUAGGAGCCCCUUCAGCCGGGAAAUCAGAAGCAGCAACUUGCAGAUCUCUGAAAAUUACAGAUGAAGAACACAAGAAAAAGAUUUUUGGCGGCAACAAACUUAUAAUUGUGAGAAAUAGAAGUUACCUACUUAAUAGUUACUUCGUUUCACAAAAAUCAAACAAUUAAUUAAUUCAAAAUAAUCUAUUAAAUAUUAAAAAACUCAAUUUUGAAAUGCGAUGCGCAAACGUGCUAAGUGUGAAAUACUACAUAAUUCACAAAAAUCCUAAAUCACUUAAUCAAUAAAGUAAAAUGGGAAUGAGUUUUAUAAACCACUUGUUCCUUUUCUGGAUUGGGUCCAACGCCAUUCCUUCCACCGUAUGAUUGUCCUUUCCCGGAUUUGUUCUUCAUGUCUAAGGACACUUUUCCUAUGGACUUCAUCAAGAGAAGUGUAUGCUGCUUAUGGAACAUAUGGAUUGCUCAGAAGGUUUUUUAUUUGAGGACAAGGUCAUUUCCCUGACCUCUUCAGCGGUGCUAGCUGAUUGUGAUUUUCAUGUCCUUGAGGAAGCUUGAAAUUUCGUUUCUCUUCCUUCUGCUUCGAGAUCAGCUGCAAGGCAUGCUCAUCCAAGGGGAUCCCGCUCUCAAUCUUCACCGCCGCCUAGACCUAUUCAGAGGAUUGUGCAUUGUGAUGGCUUAUUUUGUGCGAAAUUACAGGAGGAUGGGAUUACGAUUGCUAAUGCACAUGGUCAAGUUUUGGACGGGAACUUGGCAAGGCUGAGAUAGUCUUUUGUUCCUAUCCUAUCCAAGUGGAAGUUUAUGCAAUUCUUAACGCAGUCUUGUGUUCAUCUCGGGAGGUUUGUCGGACUUGUAUCAGGACUGAUUGUCUGAUUCUGACUCUCACUUUGAAGCUUGCUACUGAUCGAUGGGUGUGGCAAUGACGAUCGAUAUUGGCCCGUAUCAUUUCUCUGCUCCAAUCGGCCCCUUGGAUCACUGUGAUGUUUAUUCCUAAACGUCUCAAUGGUCUUGCUGAUUGGGUGGCUCGGAAUGAACGAAUGGGAUCUCCCACUGAUUGGCUGAUUAGUGCUUAUUUUAUUUCUCAUUUGCUGUAAGAAUGUACAUGGCUUCCUUUUGAUGAGUAUGGAAUAAAAGCAGCUCUUAUUGUAUAAAAAAAAUGUAAUAAAUAAGUAACCCAAUGAGUUUACUCAAACAAUCCACAACCCGACAUAUUUAUAACCUGAACAACCAGCAAGUUGAUUGACUCUUAACCCAGCCGACUCAUGACCCAAACAACCCAUCGCCCGAUUGACCAUCAGCCUCAUUAACCGGCAACUGGAUGAAUUCGUAACUCAACUUACUCCCAAUCGGUAAAAACCGACCUGCCCAUGACCCAAUAAAUUGAAAAUCCGACU